AUGAUGGCCCCGCUGCGGACCGCGUCGUCAGACUCAGAGGGCGUUGUGCUGAUCCCAGCCAUCACCAAGAACAGCACGACUGGCUUCAAGAACGUGAACUACAACCGCGGCAAUAAGAAGUUCGUGGCGCAGGUGAAGGAUGGCGGCAAGCGUGUCCACCUCGGCUACUUCAACACCGCCGAAGAGGCGGCCGUCGCCUACGCUCGGUCAGAGUACGGCCGCGCCGACGCCGCCAAGCUGCUGCAGCCCCGCCCCGCUCCCACUCCCGCUGGCGCCGAGGCGAUACAGCAGGCGGAGAGGGAGGGCCUGACUCUGGUCGCCAGUAGCAGCAGCAACACCGGCUACAAAGGCGUCUGCUACCGCCAGAAGCAUCAAGGCAGCCAGAAGUACGAGCUGAAGGUGAGGGACGGCUGCAAGCAAGUCCGCCUCGGCCUUUUCGCCACCGCCGAGGAGGCGGCGCUCUUCUACGCCCGCAGGGAGGCGGGCAUGGACACGCUCGCCAGCGAUCUCAUUGCGCCGCCGCCGCCGCCGCCGCCGUCCUCAACCUUUGGGGAGCUGCCAGUGUACGAGCUCAGCAUUCUGACGCCUGAGCAAAUGGCCGCCAAUACGACAUAUGUCCCCCGUCCAAUUUGGACUAUAGUCGAGCGCGUCGGAGAGGUGUUUGGAGACAGGCUCAUGAUUAUGCAGCAGCCCUAG